GAUUAAAAUAAUAUGAUAAAAUUAAUGUAAUACAAUGUAUAUUUUUGUCAUUAUUUAUUUUUUUACAGCAACAUUUGGAAAAUAUCCWUACUUUGUCCAUCGUACACGCAAUCAUAUGCUACCUGUGUAUCUUAAAGUUUCCAUGAGAGGAACAAGACGGAUAACUCAAAUAAACAAUGUAGAUGGUAACAUAUGGGUAUUAGAAGAGGCCAUAAAAAAAUACUUGACAAGAAUAUAUGGCGAUAAGAAAAUAAUUGCUACUAAAGUCCAUGAAGUAUGUGGUCAUUUAUGUAUUCAUGGUGAUCAUGUAUCUAGAGUUAAAGAAUGGUUACUGAAGAAAGGUUUGUAAAAAAAAUAAUAAUAGAAUAUACAAAAAAAAAGAUGUAAUAUAAAAAUCAAUUUACAAUAAAAUAUAUGUA